ACAAUGUCUGUGUCGCAGCUCACGUUAAGGUCACAAUAAACGCUCGGUUUUAAAACCUCUCCGGGAUGAGUAUACGCGGUUUAUCACGUUUUAGGCAUCUAAAAUAGUGUAUACUUUUUUUUUUAAAGUUAAUACUCCCAAUUUGUGUACUAUAUAUAAUUCUAGUUGGCUAAACAUUGCUAAUGUUGUGGGUGUAGCAUUUAACCACGCAGAAAAUAUUGAUGGUGUCGUUUGAGUUUCUUACAACAUUCCUUCCACAUAGUGGACAUCUUUUACAGGCAGAAUGAGUGGCUGCCGCAUAUUUGUCGGCCGGUUGAACCCGUCCGCCAGAGAGAAGGACGUGGAGAGAUUCUUCAAAGGAUACGGCCGCAUCCGAGACAUCGACCUCAAGAGGGGCUUUGGUUUUGUGGAGUUUGAUGAUCCUAGGGAUGCUGAGGAUGCAGUUUAUGAGUUGGACGGCAAGGAGCUCUGCAAUGAGAGAGUGACCAUUGAGCAUGCUCGUGUGCGCCUGCGUGGUGGGCGAGGACGUGGUGGUGACAGAGGGGGAGGAGGAGGAGGAGGAGGCCGCUUCCCAGAUCGCUAUGGCCGUGGCUCCCAGGAUAGUCGGAGGACCAACCAACCAAGUGGACCACCGGCAGAUAGGAACCCCCCACCGAUGCGUACGGAGAACCGUCUCAUCGUGGAGAACCUGUCAUCUCGCGUCAGCUGGCAGGACCUGAAGGAUUUCAUGAGACAGGCUGGGGAAGUCACGUUUGCAGACGCACACCGCCCCAAGCUCAACGAAGGGGUGGUUGAGUUCGCUUCUUACAGCGAUCUGAAAAACGCCCUUGAGAAGCUGUCUGGCAAGGAGAUCAAUGGAAGGAAAAUCAAGCUGAUCGAGGCAGCUAAGAAGAGGGGUUCCAGGAGUCGUUCCCGUUCAGAGAGCUCUUCUCGUUCUCGCUCCCGUUCUCGUAACCGGUCCCCGUCCCGCUCCAGGACCCCUCGUCGUUCCAGGUCCCACUCCCCCAAAGCCCGCUCCCCCAAGAGGGACUACAAACGCUCUCGUUCUCGUUCCCACAGCGGCUCCCCAGCGCCCCGUGCUGCUGCCCCUGGCUCCCCACCCCCGAGGGCCAAAGAGACCUCUUCCUCCUCCUCCUCUAAACGGCCCUCUAAGCCCAGCAAGUCUGCCUCCCCCAACUCCCCUCCCCCUGCACAGCGUGCGCCUUCCAGGUCUCCUUCCAGGUCUCGUGGCUCUCGCUCUCCGUCUACGGACAGCCGCCACUGAGAACACCUAGCGCAGGAGUAUACACAUUUUAAAAUAAACACACACCGCGUACAUAAAUACUCCCAUUCAGACAAAACAGGACAGGGCAGGAACUGUUUUACCCAGCGGUUCUUGCCUGGUGUCCCUGUAUUUUCCCCUCCAUGUUUCCUCCCUCCACUCUUCUCUUCUGACAUAGCUGAUCUUUGACCUACUUUUGUAUGGUGGGUGUUCUCAGUAAAAGCUUGGCUCUUGCUGUGAACACAAUGAGGGCUUUGUUUUCAAUUUGAG